AUGGCGGACGAUCGCACGAAGCAGCAACUCAUCACCCGGCGGACAACCCUCAUCGCUUCCUUGGGCAGAACGGAACAGUUCGUCGAGAACUACGCUGCAGAACGAGAUCGAGGACAAGUGCAACUACGUCUCGACAAUUUGGACACUGUGUGGAUGGGACUGAAGGAUGUGCAAACCCAGCUAGAGGACAUCGAAACAACGAACGAAGGUAUGGCACAAAACCUCCACUACCGCUCCCAUAAUGAAACCCGCUACUUCGUAAUAAAGGCUGCUCUUCAAUCGCACCUCCCCAUUGUACAUUCUUCCACAUGCUCAAUCCCUCAACCUGCUGGCUCUGGGCUCUCGGGAAUCAAGUUGCCGACCAUUACUCUGCCGGAAUUCGACGGCGACUACAAUCAGUGGCUAGCCUUCCACGAUACGUUCGUUGCUCUGAUUCAUGCCAACCCCGAGGUCCACGAUAUUCAAAAAUUGCACUACCUUCGUGCUGCUCUCAAGGGAGAAGCAGCCCAACUGGUCGAAUCCAUUGGUAUCAGCUCCGCCAAUUACACCAUCGCCUGGCAAACUCUCGUCUCACGCUAA